UAUUCUUAUUCGUAGAAGCGAGUCGAACCGAACACCCCACCCGUAGUACUAUAUAUGUUAGCUACUAGAGAGUUAUAAUCUUGAAUUGCACAAAAAUCAUCAUGUUCAAACUUUGUUCACCUUUAUUCCUCAUCGUUCUCCUUUCCGUCCUUACCAAUGGAAACUGUCAUGAAUUUUCCAGAAUAUUAUCGAAGAAAGCAAUGGGUCUAAAAAGAGAGAAACUUAGCCACCUUCACUUCUACUUCCAUGAUAUAGUCAGUGGAAAAAACCCAACCGCCGUGAGAAUAGCGGAAGCCGCCGUGACCAACCGGUCAGCCACCGGAUUUGGUUUAACGGCAAUGAUUGACGAUCCUUUAACAGUUGGACCAGAAUCAAAUUCAAAAAUUGUUGGAAGAGCCCAAGGGAUUUAUGCACAAGCUUCGAUAAAUGAUGUUGGUUUAUUGAUGGUACUCAACUUUGUUUUUAUUGAAGGAAAGUAUAAUGGGAGUAGCUUAAGUAUUUUGGGACGGAAUUCGGUGGCGUCGAUUGUACGGGAAAUGCCUAUUGUUGGGGGAAGUGGACUUUUCCGAUUUGCUCGCGGUUACGUUCAGGCGAAGACUCAUAAUUUUGAUUUGAAAACUGGUGAUGCUGUUGUGGAAUACAAUGUCUAUGUCUUCCAUUAUUGAUUUCUUUGCUUUAUGUGGUUGUACUUUUUUUGUCUUUUUGCCUCUGUUUUCAUGGAAUAUUGCUGAAAAGAAACACAGUUUUAGUUGGCAUAUUUGAAUUUUGGCAUGGACCACUAGUAGAAAAAUGAAGGUUUACUUUAUUUCUUUUUUAAAGAGAAAUCAAGUUGAAUACUUUUUCUUAUGGUGAA